GGUGUCUGAUAAGGAAAUCGCUAAAUCCAUGGAUAAAUGUGGAUAAUGACAAAAAAUAUGGGGACCAAACUGAAAGAAUAUGACAUUAAUAUACUCUUGGGCUUAACAUAUAUCUUAGUUUGGGCCCAUUAUUAAUGUUUAACUUAAGCCCAUGGGCAUUUCUCUUGUAAGCCCAUAGUUCAUUCGCCAUUAUCUCCGGCUAGUCGCCGAGACUUUCACGUCGGAAUUAGUGACACGCGCGUGACGAGCGAUGGGAGAAGAAGAAGCGCGUAGUUGGAUUUGCGGAGACGAAACGGCGAAGCAGAUGUUAUCAAGGGUUCUUAAAGACCGUGCAUUCAUGCUUCUUCCGCCUCUUCACCGUGUACCUUUACGCGCCGGGAACGUAGUCGAGAUCACCGGCGCAUCUCCGUCUGCGAAAACUCAGAUCCUGAUUCAAGCUGCGAUCAGUUGCAUUCUUCCUAAAACGUGGAACGGCAUUCACUAUGGAGGAUUAGGGAAACUGGUUUUGUUUCUCGAUUUGGAUUGUCGCUUUGAUGUACUCCGGUUAUCUCAAAUGCUCAAGCAUCGUCUUCUUCAAGCUAACCGGUUAGGAAAUGGAGCAUGGUGGCAACUUGAAGAGUCAAAUGUUAAGAGUUGCAAAUCUGCACAAGAGAAGCCAAAGACUGUGUUUGAUGAGGAGUUAUAUGUUUCAUGCAUGAAAAGGUUUCUGUAUGUUCGUUGCUAUGAUAGUCUUGAGCUUUUGUCCAGUCUCAAGACAUUGCAUUACCGGAUCCGACAACAGGAAGCCUGUGGAAGUCAAGUCGGAGUGCUUAUGAUUGACAGCAUUGGUGCUUUCCACUGGACUGAUCGUCUAUCAUCAUCAUUGGCAUUGGAGACACAUAACAGGAAAAGUCUGUCCCUAACGAAUGUGGUGGAGAUGAUAGUGCAAGAGUUGAAGAAGCUCCUGCAGGUGCAUUCGCUGGUAGUACUUGCCACUAAGGCUACAAUUUAUGAAGAAAAGUACCCAGCAAUUGAGAAUAAUCGAAAGUUCUCCUCAAACGACGAUUUUCCAGGGAACGCUGCAAGUAAAGCUCAGCAACCUCUAAUUCGUGAAUUCAUGCCUUCUUCUUGGCAGGCAUUUGUAACACAUAAGAUAAUCAUACGAAAAUCUGCUGAUCAUCGGUCUUUACAAACGGGGCAACAAAAUUUGUCGGCAUAUUUACUUGAAUGGCUACAACCGCAACUCAGUAGCAUAGAUCGAUUCAUAGUAGACGAUUCCGGUAUUGUCAUUGUCUCGUGACCUAGAUUUCACUUCAGGUAUUCUUCAAUAUCUCUUUCUCUCUUAGAGACUCACACAUGUUUGUAAGUAUGUAAUGUGUAGAAACCAUAAACUAUUGUGAAUUCAAAGUUAGCUAUUAGCUAAGCAGCUUGCAGCAAAGUCGCCAGAUGUAAAGUUUAUGAUAAUUAUUUACAUCAGAAAGAGGAAAAAUAUGGACAGCAAAACUUAAAUCUUUAAA